GAAUGCUGGGAAUUGUAGUUUUGCCGGCAACUCCCAGCAUGCAUAGGUUUUCCCGCGAGCUUGCAGUGAGGGAGUGAGGCCUUGGGCAAUUUGCAUGUUCCAUCUGAAAUUUGUGCUAUCUGGCUAAAGUAUAGACAUGAGUUCGUCUGGUAACUCACUUGAUGACGAGGACACGUUUAAAAUCCUUGUGGCGACUGACAUUCACCUGGGCUACAUGGAAAAAGAUGCUGUGCGAGGAAAUGACAGUUUUGUGACUUUUGACGAGAUCCUGCGGCUGGCCAAGGAUAACGAAGUUGACUUUGUGCUGCUCGGAGGAGAUCUGUUCCAUGACAACAAACCUUCCAGGAGAACUCUACAUACGUGUAUGGAGGUGCUAAGAAAGUACUGCAUGGGGGACCGGCCAGUCCAGUUUGAGAUUCUCAGCGAUCAGUCCGUAAACUUCAGCUAUAGCAAAUUUCCAUGGGUGAAUUAUCAGGAUGACAAUCUGAACAUUUCUAUUCCGACAUUCAGCGUCCAUGGAAAUCAUGACGAUCCGACCGGGGCGGACGGUCUGUGUGCGCUGGAUUUACUGAGUUGUGCCGGACUGGUCAACCAUUUUGGGCGUUCCACCUCUGUAGAGAAAAUUGAUAUCAGCCCGGUACUGGUACAGAAAGGGCGUACCAAGAUUGCUAUGUAUGGGCUAGGUUCUAUUCCGGAUGAAAGACUUUAUCGAAUGUUUGUGAAUAAACAAGUCACGAUGUUACGCCCCCGGGAGGACGAAUCCAGCUGGUUCAACUUAUUUGUAAUUCAUCAGAACAGGAGUAAACACGGAGCCACAAAUUACAUCCCUGAGCAGUUUCUAGAUGACUUUUUGGAUUUGGUAAUUUGGGGUCAUGAACACGAGUGCAAAAUAGCGCCGGUGAGGAACGAGCAGCAGCUCUUCUAUGUGUCUCAACCUGGGAGCUCUGUGGCCACUUCCCUGUCCCCUGGAGAGGCAGUAAAGAAACAUGUGGGUUUAUUACGGAUCAAGCAGAAGAAAAUGAACCUUCAGAAAAUCCCCCUUCAGACCGUGCGCCAAUUCUUCAUCGAGGACUUGGUCUUGUCUGAUCAUCCAGACCUGUUCAACCCAGACAAUCCCAAAGUGACCCAGGACAUAGAAAACUUCUGCAUAGAGAAGAUAGAGGCAAUGCUGGACAUGGCUGAAAGGGAGCGUCUGGGAAAUACUCGUAUACCGGAAAAACCUUUGAUAAGAUUGCGGGUGGACUACACGGGCGGAUUUGAACCCUUCAACACUCUUCGGUUUAGCCAGAAGUUUGUAGAUAAAGCUGCUAAUCCCAAAGAUAUUAUACAUUUCUUCAGACACAAGGAGCAGAAGGACAAGAAAGACAUUGUGGAAAUUAACUUUGGGAAGCUUGACAGCAAAUCAUCCUCAGAGGUCGCUACGCUGAGAGUGGAAGAUCUGGUGAAGCAGUAUUUCCAGACAGCAGAGAAGAAUGUGCAGCUUUCUCUUCUCACCGAGCGAGGGAUGGGUGAGGCCGUACAGGAGUUUGUGGAUAAAGAAGAAAAAGAUGCCAUAGAAGAACUGGUGAAGUUUCAGCUAGAGAAAACACAGCGUUUCUUGAAAGAACGGAACAUUGAUGCUGAGGAGGAGAAGAUUGAUGAGGAGGUUCGAAAAUUUCGGCAGACCAGAAGAGACAAUACAAAUGAAGAAGAUGAAGAGGUUCGAGAGGCAAUAAACCGGGCUAAAGCUCACAGAUCUCAGGUUGAGGACAUUGAGAUGAGUGAUGAUGAUGGCAUGGGAAGGAAAAUAUCAGGACCAUCUAUGAAUUUUUCUGAUGAAGACAAUGAUCCAGCCCCAACACCAGCAAGGGGAAGAGGAAGGGGCCGCGCCAGAGGAGGACGAGGACAGAGCACAACCACUAGAGGGACUUCCAGACGAGGACGGGGUGCCGGUGAUGUCCCCUCUGGCGGUCGAGCAUCUAAAGCCUCUGCCAAGAACAUGUCUAUCCUCGACGCCUUUAAAUCUUCCUCAUCAAGACAACCUUCUUCAAGAAAGGCCCCUGCAAAGAAUUAUUCUGAGGAGAUAGAGGACGAUGACUCCGAUAUAGAGCAGGUUUCCUUCACCUCAUCUUCCAAUGUGGCCAAGAGAUCUUCCAGCCUAUCAUCCAGCUACAGCAAGCCAAGUUCUCAAAGCCUGGCCUCUCGAGCAUCCUUCUUUGCGGACGACGAUGAUGAUGAGGAUGAGUUUGAUCCUUUCAAGAGCACUGCAUCAUCUAGAAGAAAUCGGCGGUAGAUGUUGUUAGCCCAAUUAAGGCUGUCAUCACAUUUUUCUACUUCGUCAGCAGUAAUGAGAGGCAUCAAAGAACCAUCCAGUCUCUUAUUUUAUUAGCAGUUGUCUGCCCUUUUCACUCCGAUAUGCACUAUGAUUAUGAAGGCACGUUGCUUUGACAAGUAUUGAUCUCACGUCUGUACUUGUCCCAAUCAUCUUCUGCUCUUAGCGGCCUGGUGGAGUCUCCUUUUGUCAUGUUAAUUUGUUAAUGGAAAAGUCUAUAAUCGGUUUUCAGAUAUAAAUUUUUAGAUAAUUUGUGUUUUGUGAAAAGGUUAAGAUACCCCCUGUGCCUUAUAUUUAUGACAUUUUAAACCGCACCCACAACUGCUACUCUACAGCUUGUGUACAAAUUGCAUUUUCAGCAUGUCCUAUUCUGCUUCCUUUUUCAGGAGUUAGAGAAUGUUUAGAAGCUGCUAAGGAUAGACAGAAUAGCUGCAGAACUAAUAAAUGGGUGUGAUUGACAGGAGCUGAAAACUUCUAGCUGUCUAGAUUGAAAACAGCCAUAGAACUGCUCAUUGACAAUGACCAAGACUGACAACAGCUGUAGAACUGAUAGUUGACAACAACCAAGACUAAAAACAGCCGUAAAACUGCUCAUUGACAGUGACCAUGACUGACAACAGCUGUAGAACUAAUAGUUGACAACAACCAAGACUAAAAACAGCCAUAAAACUGCUCAUUGACAAUGACCACGACUGACAACAGCUGUAGAACUGAUAGUUGACAACAACCAAGACUAAAAACAGCCAGAGAACUGAUAGUUGAUAACAGCCAAAGCUGAGAACAGCUGUAACUGAUGGAUGACAACAAAAGACAAAUCUGAAAGCAACUACCAAGACUGCAUAUAACUGUAGAUCUGAUAGUUGACAAUGACCAAUACUGAAAUAGAUGCAGAACUGAAAGUUGACAGCCAUGACUGAUAAUCACUGUAGUACUGAUGACAAAAAUGAACACAUACUUGUUAGGUGACCAAAAAGGACAACACUUGGGAAGCUGAUAGUUGACAAUAGCCAAGACUAAUAACAGUUGAUGAACUGGUAAUUGACAAUGACCAAGACUGACAACAGCUGGAGAACUGGUAGUUGCUGGAGACAAGACUUUCAGCAGCUUUAAAACUGAUAACUGCCCGUGAUGUAGACUGACAGCAGCUAGGAAGCUGAUACUUGACAGUAGUAGUAUUUUCAUAAUUCCCAUAGCAGUGAAUGGAGAGCACAUGGCUCAAGGGCAACCGUGUCUCCAUUCUCCGCUACUGGACUGCCAGAUAUAGCCGAGCCAGUGUUUGGCUAUUUUCAGAACUCCCAUAGCGGUGAAAGUAGGUUGGCCACACAUACAGCUGCUCCCUGUUCACUUUGUGGGUCCCGUUCUGGAGAUAGGUUCAGGUCUCAGAUCUGGCACCCACUCAUAUCUGACAUUAAUGGCAUAUCCUAGCGAGUUUUUUUUUAUUCUUUUGAUCAUAUGAUUGCAAAUGCCUGUAAAUACCGUAGUGACCUGUGAAGAACAUUAUUGGAGGGAAUCACAAUCAGAUUGGCCACUGGGGUAACCACAAAAUUAACAGCCCCUUUAAUGAAGAAUCCCUUUUAAUAUUUAACAUUAAAUCCGAUUUCUCUCCUGAGGUCAUUGGUUUGGCUGCAGGGCUCUCGACGGACUCCAUUGAUUGACUCUAUACUGAAGUCAUGAUCUAAGCAUCUUUACCCAGUGCAUUUGGCAGGGGCUGACUUGACAUACAAGCAGUGACAGCUCACAGUUCCCCAUUCUGGAUUAAAUUAGCUUAACGCUCUCGAAGAUCAGGAUGGCUAUACAUGUGCAGUAAGAGAAGUAUGAAAAAAUCUUUGAGAAACACUGUGCCGAGUUUUCCUUUAAGAGUGUAAAUGGUCGUAAUCCAAUUGUUGUAAUGCAGCCAUGGAUUCUCUGGUAUUCAGUGACACAUGCCAACACGUUUGUGUCGGCACCACCCGAUGGACUGGAGAAGAGUUAUGGAAUCCUAUCACUCAUCGUAACUUCCACUAAUGACAUCGGAGAGGUACUGUAGCAACUCGAAGAAACUACCGGGACCAGCUCCUGAGCCUUUAUGGAUGUGACACAUCUAAUUGACCCAACCCAAAAGUUUGUUGUCCCCCCCCCCCCCCCCCCCCCCCCCAUCCUUUAUGGGUACAUAGUGAAAUCAGCCAUUUUGUGUCCCCGGUAGUUAGAGUAACCUAUCCUUAAUCUAUGCAACAACAAAAAAAGGCAGCCUACCAUGAGUUGAACAGUCAUGAAUAAACAGUCCUUCACAUCUACUGUAUAUUAUAAAUAUAAAAGUAAUAAGUCUGCUGAAAAUGUUCUACAAAAGUGGCCCGAGCGUGUAAACCAUUAUUUUCUGAAUAAGCGCUAGGUAAACACACAAUGUAUUGCCUGCAAUUCUGCUCGGAGAAAUCUUCAGUAUAAUGGAGGUUGUUAGCAGAGACCUUUGAUACGUGACUCAUUCUGAUUCAAAGGGCUAUGGAAAUGUCAUUACGUGCAAUUUUAUUUUCUUCUGCUGGUUUAAUUUUUCUCUUGGUAUGUGGUGGCCUGCUGCUCAUUAUUAUGUAACCCUGGGAUGGGGUGGUGUUUGCAAAAAUUGCUGGAAUGUUAAAUGUUUUUCAUAAUAAAGAUUCGUGUUUUUUU